AUGAGAAUCGAAAAAUGUUGGUUUUGUUCAGCAAAUAUUUAUCCAGCAAAUGGAAUUAAAUUUGUAAGAAAUGAUGGAACAGCUUUCAGAUUUUGUAGAUCUAAAUGCAUUAAACUGUUCAAGAAGAGACUUAAUCCAAGAAAAGUAAGAUGGACUAAAAUCUAUAGAAAAAUACAUAACAAAGAAAUUGCUGAACAUCCAAUUUAUGAAUAUGAAAAGAAAUGUGAUACAGUUGACAUGUAUGAUAGGAAUAGAAUGAUAGAAACUAUAAAUGCUAUACCAAAUAUACAAAAUACAAGACAGUUUAUUGAGGAUGCUUUUAUUAGAAACAGAAUACUAGCAGCACAGGAAAAGUCUAAAGAGAAUGAUUUAGAAUUUAUUAGAAAAAAUGAAAAGUUGUUACAUAGAGAUAGUGAAUCAGUCAUUAAUAGAGAAAAAAUUCUUAACAGUAAAAUUAAAGCCAAGAAAGCUAAAAACACUCAAUUAGAAUUCAAUUAA